AUGGCUCCUCCCGAAUCACCCAAGAUCAGUGUUGCUACCAAAUGCGUUAUGGACGAUGACACUCCGCCAUGUAAACGUUGCGCGGAACGAGGCCUGGAAUGCUCCCCGAACAAGUCCAUUCAGGAUAUCGUGGUAGAGCAGGCGAGAUGGAAUUCUCAGAUGAACAAAUACUUUUCACACCUCCAAACAGCUCUAAAUGAAGCUAGGGCAGCAUUGUCUCUUCCUCCAGUAUCUGCGGUGGACGAACUUGGCAUCAAGGAGGAAGAUGGGAAGGCCUCUCAGCGUGAACACGCCGAUGAACAAUCGAAUUCACUAGAGGUUACCAUAGAGCAGGACACGCUCGCCUCCGCUCCAAUGCGCUCCCUUUACGAAGUCACAAAGUCCAGCGAAGUGCACGAAGGGACGGCUCAAUUUUCUGGCUUGGUCAUGGAGCCGGAUUUUGUCUCGCGCGGGAUAAUCACCGAAGCAGAGGCAGGUCAACUCACCAAGACUUAUUUGACCCGGCUAGACCACUUUUUCUACGAUCAUUUACAGAAGUAUGCAGACAUUGGCGAGGUCCGAAAGACAUCCACGCUACUUGCAUUAACCCUAUGCACGGUUGCAGCUUUACAUGACCCGUUAGGCACAGAGGUAUACGAUAAGUUGAGCAGAGAAUUGCGUAGUGUGACAUCCUCACUCAUGUUCCGGAGCCACCUGGGGGUGGAGGAUAUCAAAGCUCUAUGUAUGGGCUCUUACUGGCUAGGAAAUCUGACCUGGGUACUGUCUGGCCUUGUCCUGAGAAAAGCAAUCGGCAUGCAGUACCACACGGCACAUAUGAACCAACCACAGACCGACAAAGAAGGCUUUGGCAAGUCACAGAUGUGGCUAUUAAUAUUCCUGGCCAACGAGCAAAUAUCAAUACUCCAUGGCUCCCCAGCUUGUGGUGUAGAACCCGGAUAUAUCAACUGGAAAAACCAUCUAGCAUCCCCGUUUUCUGGGGAGAUCGACCUUAGGCUUAUCAGCCAUAUCGACCUCCUUUUGCUUCUGGGAAAGGUACGGCAGACCUAUGGGGUAGAUGCAAUGAAAGCAGUUCCGCUAUCACUUAUCCCCCAGCUGCGGGACUACCUUGCACAGUUAGAUAGAUGGUCACAAACGUGGACAGGAAGACUGGCACGGAAUAAAUGGCUUGGGAACUUCCCCUCACAGGCUGUUAAACUCCAUUUCCGAUUUGCAAAAUUCUUCAUAUGCUCUCAUGCGUUUCGAGGGUUAAAUGUGGAAUCUGCUUCCAUCCCCCUUGCCCCAGAACUACAGGACAUUGCAGCAUGUGCUGUUACGACCGCCAUAUCUAUUUUGGAACUACUGAUUGAAUCUGAUGAGAUACGUGCAUACCUUGUUGGAAUCCCUCAUUAUUUCCAUACCAUGUUUGCGUUUGCUGCCGUUUUCCUGCUCAAAGUUGCGACCCGUAACAGGCAGCAUGUCCAUGUUGACACGCAAUUGGUGUUUCGGACCAGUCGGCGGGUCUUGGAAGUGUUUCAACAUUGCCCUUGCGCAAAACAGCAUCUAGUGCAUCGCAUCGCGCAGGGGCUUAAAGAAAUGAUCGAACGGUGCGAGGGGCAAAUCACAACUGAAAGCUCCGGCCACUCCGUAACCAAAGCACUAAACAGGGAGCCGCAUAUACCGACAUCUAUGGCGCCUCCACCGGCAACAUCUAACCCUGAGAUAGCUUCUCAAGAAAUGCUUUCGUGGUUUAACUUAGAGAACUUUGACUUCCUAUCUAUGUCACCACCCACCUGGAAUACGGAGUUUUAG